AGUGCGAGCUCACACACAUACACACAUACAGUACAGACGUACACAGCUCGCUCCAUGCACACAGUCAAACAUUCAGACUGAAUCACGGGCAGAGAUAAAAAGACACUGUGUUGUCCUGACAAAGAGACACAGAAAGAGAGAGAGAGAGGAGUAAAGAGGAGCAGCAGCGAUUUCCCUCCUUCUUCCUUCACUCUCCUUCUGCACUGAGGAGACCUUACUGCUCAGCCUGCAGCUGUCUCAUACAUUAGAUGCUGGACUGGAGAAUCUAAAACCUGUCACUCAAGGACCAAAACCGAUCACAUGCAGACUCAGCAAACUGUGGAAGUGGUUGGUGAACCCAAUGGCUCCAGGAUUGUCUUCCCGGACGAUCCUGGAGUCUCGUCGGGGCAGCACAUUCUAACUUCUCCAGUGAUGACCCAUGAGGUGGUCAUCUCCCCUGGACUCCCUACACCUCCCCUUAGCCCGUUUCGCUCAGCAAGACUGUUAUCUGGAGAGUCCAAGGUUUCAGAUGUAAAUGGAACAACUUUGAGCUUCGGAUCAUAUUAUGGACCUUCACAGAUACGUGGUGGGCUCUUCAACGGUGUUCAUGGCUCUGUCACAUUACCGCGCAGCUGGACUCCAACUAGGGAAGAGAAACUUAUCAAGUUCUCUGGAAUUGGUCCAGUGGAUGAAACUGGGAUGCCCAUCGCCUCCAGAUCUAGUGUGAACAAGCCCAGAGACUGGUACAAGAGCAUGUUCAGACAGAUUCACAGGAAGCCAGAGGAAUCCGAGCUGGAAGAUUCAGAUUGUUGGGUGACUGAACGGCUGCAGUCUGCCAAUACACCGACAGCAGAAGAAAACAGUGACACAGACAGGAAUCUGUUCAGACUGACACCAUACGGAGCUCUGCCUGACUGGAGUGAGGAUGUAGAUAAGCUGUCAGACCCAGGAAAGCAGCAGCAGCCUCAGCCCAGGAGCAUAUUUGACUUUGAACCAGGAAAGACCAACAGCAGCAGCAAAAACCAGACAUACUUUCCCCCAAAGACACAGCCUGAAGAACCAAAGCCCACCUCAGUUGAGGCCAGUCUAGUCUCUGAGUUGAGUCGAUUUGAGGCAGAGUUGGACUCGGAGAUCCAGGGACUGGAGAGGAGACUGUCUGAAAAGACGCACCAUCGAGGCCGGGGUGAGGAGGCUAGAAGCCGGGGUCCAGCCGCUGCUCCAAAGACUGGAACUGCAAACUACAGCCAAUUAUCAGCUUCAAAGCAGCCUCUCCAUCGAUCUGUGGCCACAUCACUGACCUCUGCUCCCUCAUAUGUAGAGCGUCUUUUUGCCACAAAUGAAACCAUGGAGCCUCCACCAAAGAAAGAGGAGAAGAAGAUGAAAGCAGCCAGAGCCAAGUUCAGCUUCCAGGCUCAGUCACCAAAAGAACUCACACUUCAGAAGGGAGACAUUGUUUACAUCCACAGACAGGUUGAUGCUAACUGGUUCGAAGGAGAACAUCACGGAAGAGCUGGAAUUUUUCCUACAACUUAUGUAGAGGUUCUUCCUCCUACUGAGAAGCCCACUCCGAUUAAGUCCCCCACUCUUCAGGUGCUGGACUAUGGAGAGGCUGUUGCUCUUUAUAACUUCAGCGCUGACCUACCAGUAGAACUGUCUUUUCGUAAAGGUGAAAUGAUCAACAUCACCAGGCGUGUUGAUGAUAAGUGGUUGGAGGGGAGAAUCUCAGGGACCAGUCGGAGCGGAAUCUUCCCAGCUACUUACGUUCAGGUCAACAAGAUGCCUCGCACCAAGUACUCCACAGACGACUACUCAACAGGACCCAUGUCCCCUGUUUCCCCUGGACCUCAUAGUCCAGGACGUCCACUCCACUCACCUUGCCCACGUUCACCAUUUACACCCACGUCUUUGAGCCCCAGGCCCGAACACUCCCCACUGAAGCCGUCGUCACCUCUACCUUAUGCCAGUCCAUCUUCACAGACACGCUCUCCCACCCAGACACUCGUCACCAAAGAAACCACCUAUCACUGGCCACAGAGCACCUACAAAACUGCUUCACCCACCACCCAGAAUAGUCCCUGGUCUGGGACACAUCCUCCAAACCAGAUUUCCACAGAUAGAGCAGUUUCACACUCCACUCAGUCUUCAGUGUCCACGUACAGAACAGGAACCUCACCAGCCAACACUUCCAGACCCACUGAGCCCUCACAGGGCGUUCAGUCUAAUCCACAUGUCAACUCCUUGCCGCACUCACCGGCUCCAAACAGCCCUAGUACAGCAGCAGUGCAACGCCAACCUUUUAGAUACAAAGCGGUUUACAACUACAAACCACAGAACACUGACGAGUUGGAGCUCAGAGAAGGAGACAUUGUACAAGUGAUGGAGAAGUGUGAUGAUGGCUGGUUUGUAGGUACGUCAGAUAGGACUCGUGCGUUUGGGACUUUUCCUGGAAAUUAUGUAGCACCAGUUUGACUUUCCCUCACUUCCCACAUGCCCACAUCCUCCUGGACUCAAAAGAGACCAAACUCCCCACUCCUGCCGACUCCACCAAAAGAGAAACUUUGACACUGCAGCUAUAUUUGCUCAUUCCAUUACUCACCACACUCCAAAUUCUGGUUUGCUUUUAGUCACACUCACUUUUUCACUCUGUUUUCCCAGAACAUAAGAAAUGUCAGGGGCACUGUGUGUGGUUUGUCACCUUCCUGCACAUGUCUGUGUGUGUGUGUGUUGCAGUGUUUAAUACACAUGCCAUUUGAGGGGGAAAUGCUGAUGCUACUGUUUCUGAUGCAAAGAAUGGUCAUUUUUGUUCCGCAGCUAUUUGCAGCUGCAGGAAAAAUCACAUUCUUUUCCUCUGAGCAGAGGGAAAGUCCUGAUAUAGUAUGAUGUUGCAUUUAGGUUUGUGUCACCAGAGUCACAUCACACACCACUGCUGAGAAGUUUGAAAUGAAAACACACUUUUUCUGUAGCAACUUCUUGAUAACUAAUAUUUUCUUUAAAUAUCUCCAAAUUAUUUUUUAGAUCUCUGAAAAAAACAAUACAAUUCCUGGGCAUUUUUGGGAAGAACAUGCCCAUGUGUUCAGAGGAGCCAAAAAUGUUUCAAUACGAUUACUGCUGUUCAAUCUGAAAGGUUUUAAAAAGACUGUAUCAUGAAAGUGUAUUUUUGAUUUGAAGAAAUGAAAACUGUUUUGAAAUGAAAAACCUUUCCACCAAUUUCUAUUUCAAGUGCUUAUUAAAGUAAAUUGUAAUGUUAUAUUCCAAGUCAAAUGACUCAGUAAAAGUUCUAAUUGAGUUUUGGUUUCGGUCUCCAAACCAAAACUUUUGAGUCAGGGAUGAGGAUAAUAAAGGAAAGUCUGAGUUGAGUCCGAUUUGGGUUUUUGUCAUUUUUAACCAUGAGUCCAAAAAUAAUUGUAGCCAACUAUUAGUUGCAUAUCCUAAGGUUUUUUUGGUUUUGUCAUGUUCUAGAGGUUGAGCGCCAAGUCAUAGAAGAAAUGUUCUAUUAUUUGAGUCCUCAGAUUUAAAGUGUGAGUCUGAAUCCGAGGCGCACAGAGAAAGGUAAAGUGAAGUUCCCAGAAGUUGCAUGUGAAAGUUGCAAGGAAGGUAAGAGUGGAAUAUGAGUGGAGCAACUAUAUAGUCGUAAAAAAAAAUGAGAUCAAAUCCCCAGGGCUUGGGUACUAGUCAAAAUCACUGAGAAGUUUAAGUCAGGUUUUAGACAAGUCUCAACAGAGUCUUAGUUGCCAAAGAAAAAUUUGUAAACGCAGAAUGUUAAGGUUGAAAUGAUUAUUUAGAAAAAGCAUUGGUCUGUAGUUUAUCCAAGAGAUAAAAGCUUACUGUGGGAAACAGGAGAAAUGCAAUACUGAUUAUGAAAUGCCAAGUUUUUUUUUUUGUAAAAUAUAUGUUUUUAGUAAUAUUGUUUCAGGUUAAUUCAAUAAACCCACAGAGCAAAUCUUUUAUCAUUUUUUUCUUUUCAAAAAUGAGUUUUUUUAAUAUACUUUGUCUUUUGUUUUGCAUGCCAUAUAUCCUUUUUGAUUUGGAGAGAAAAGCCAAAGUUUAAAGUAAAGAGAUUGUGUACUGGUUUUUGUUAAUGUCCUAUUGAGACUUAUUGUGUGUUUUGAAAGGCUCCAUGAUAAAUCCCUGCUGCCACAGCAGGAAAAUGUAAUGGUAUUUUUGAAGUGAUACUCUUUGUGCCAAUUUUGACCAUUUUACUUCUGCUACUCUGCACUGAAAAAUCCCCUAAGUUCUUCUCUGCUGUGUUUGCUGCCACUGCUUUUUACAGUGUUCAGAUCACUCGUAUUUGUGCCAGAAUGUUCUUUCCAUUAAGUCAUUGUGCUUAUUUUAGAUAUAUACAUUAUUUUAAUCUAAAACCAAUGAUGUUUUAGAAACGAAAACACAAUAUGAUUGUACAGACUGUAAGCUUUGUCCAACUGAAAAUAUAAUAUAUAUUUGCUUUAUGAAAAUUGUAUCUUCUUUAAUGCAUGGUACACACUUUUUAAAUCUAUUAAGAGUGAUACUAAAAUGUUUUUUUGUUUUUCUCAUUUAUUUGAAAUGCACCCAAAAA